AUGAAGGAUGUUGCAGCUGAUCCAGAAGAAAAGAGGAUGGAGCUGCAGUUUGCACUGAUGGUAUCUUCUACUUCUGAGCCAAAGAAAAAUGAGAGACAGAAUGCUGAGUUAAUUGCUGAGCUUGACACAUUAAAAGACAAAUUUGAAACUGUUGAUUUCUAUUUUAGAAAAUUUAAUGUGUCAGGUGAAGUAGUUGCCAACAUGAUAGACCAUUGCAUGCAAUUUAAACAUAAUCAGUCAAAGGGUCUAGGGUAUGAUAAAGUGCCUCCUCCUUUUAAUCAUACAUAUCAGUUUCAACCUUUGUCUAAGGAGGAGAUUGCUAAUGAACCAUUCAUGGCUGGAGUGCCGGAUCUGAUAAAGAAAUUCAUUGUGUUGAUUGAAAACAAAAUCAACCACCGGGUGAAGGCGCUUCGCACUGACAAUGGAACAGAAUUCCAGAACUCUGUUCUUGAUCAUUUAUGCACAGAAAAAGGGAUCAUGCAUCAAUACAGCUCUGCUUACACACCUCAACAGAAUAGUGGUGCUAAAAGGAGAAAUAGAACUUUAAAAGACGUUGCAAGGACGAUGGUGUGUGACUCCAAGCUACCUGUCUUGUUUUGGGCUGAGGCGAUUAAUAAUGCUUGCUACGUUCAGAAUCGUGUGUUGAUCAACAAAGCUCAGAUGAAGACGCCGUAUGAGAUUCUAUAUUGUCAUAAGCCUUCCGUUGGUCAUUUCCGCAUAUUUGGCUGCCCUUGCACCGUUCUUCACUUGGAGUCCAACACAAGGUUUAAUGCCAAAGCCGAUGAUUGUUAUUUCGUAGGGUAUGAUGCACGCACCGCAUAUAGGGUCUACAACAAGAAGACGAAGCAAAUUGUGGAAUCCUAUGAUGUGCGUUGGCUGGAGGAAAAUGAAAAGGAUGCUCGAGUGGGUCCGGAUUGGUUAUUUGAUUACACAUAUCUUUUCAAGUCCAUAAAUGUGUCUUCGGAUAGUUCAUUUGGGUAUUCCUCUAGUUCAAAGACUGUGUGUGAAGAAGAAGACGAAGAAGUUGUGUACAGAUCUCCAACGCAAAUGAUGGAGUUUUCAACAUUCACAAUCUCCCUGUUUCACCCAAUGAUAUCAGCUAGGAGAUACCCUCAAGAAUUCAACGCGAUCAUCCGAUUGAAAAUGUCAUUGGUCAGCUGGGCGACGGAGUUAAAACUACAAGUCAGAAUGGAGAUGUUAAUGCAUGUCUCUAUUCUUGCUUUAUCUCUCAAAUAG